CCCAGCACCACCAGCACCACCCCAGCACAACUGGGACCCACCACCAGCAUCACCCCAGCACUGUUGGGAUCCAUCAGCAGCAGUACCCCAGCAGGGCUGGGGCUCACCACUACCAGCACACCAACUCCAACCUCCAUGGCCAUGACAUCUGACUGCGACAAGACUCCCACUUUCACGUCUGUGGGGACCAGCAUGACCCUGGCUGCCAGCUCAUUUGGAGUUGAAAUGAGCAUGCUGCCUUCCCCCACCUCUACUCUUCUCUCCUCCACCGGGGUGGGCACCACGCUUGGCACCAGCACCCACCAAGGGCCAGCCAUGACCACACUGCUUGGCAGCACGUCCCCGGGGACCAGCACCACCUCUGCUUCCACCACCAGAGAAGUGACAGACACUUCAGACGGGCCCUUGAUGGUCCUGUCAGACACCACGGCCUCCCUUGCUACCACCACAGAGCUCCCUGGGAGCAUCCCUGUCCCCAGCCAGCCAGCUGGGACCACACCUGGGACCACCCCUGGUACCUCCACCCCAACAGAACCAGAGACCCCCAGUGAUGCUGCAGAGACCACUGCCAUGGGUGUGACAGCAACUGUGUCUCCACCUCUUCCUACCUCCUCAACACCUGUGGAGAGCUCAACACUGCUGCCUGCCACUGACUCCACCACCACAGCCACCUUCCUUUCCUCCAGCCCUGAAACAGAAGCCUCCACCCCAGAGGAGUCCAGCACAUCCGAAGAGACUGGCAACACCUCACCUGCCAGUGUGCCUCCUCCCACCACAGCUACAGAAGAUUCAGUCGAGUCCUUGACAACCCUGGCAGACACCACAGCCAGCCUUGCUAUCAGCACAUCAGAUCCCAUGAGCAUCUCCUCUUCAACUGACCCAGAUGAGACCACCCCUGACAUAUUCCCCUCAACCAUGGAGUCCACUCCAGGCACUGAGCUCUCUUCCCCUGCCACCAGCUCAGCCCAGACCUCAGAGGCUACCACCCUCAGCACGCCUACAGACCUGCCAGUGCUGCCGACAGCCUGCCCCUCUGGCUCGUCCAACACCAGUGCCUCUCACCUCUUUCUGUCACUGAGGUUAACCACCCCUCUGGACCUGGGGAAUACCACGGUGCGGGAGCUGGUGUUGUCCAAGCUCCGUGAGAACCUGCAGACAGAGUUCCCGUGUGCUGGCCUGUCGCUGGCGUGGCGAGGGAAGAGGAGGACUUGACCACUGCCCCUCGCCUGGACUGCCAAGCCACCUGCUCACAGCUCCUCAUUCCAUGGUGGUGCAGGCCCCUGGGGAGUCCCAUACAGCUCCUCUUGGACCUGGGGCUUCCUGUCCUUCACUCUGUACCCGCAGUCCCCUCCUGCCCCUUCCCACAGCCUGUCUGAAGAGCCUGAGCCCUCCCAACACCCUGCUCCAGACCUGGUUCCUGUGGUGACACCCCCUCCAGCCCUAUUGGGGGGCUGGGAGAAGGGGGACCCCAUGGAACUGGGCUUUUACAUCUGGGACUGAGCUGGCUCAGCCAUCAAAGCCACCCUGGGGACAGAGGAAUGGGAGGAAGGAGACCUGAAGCCCCCAGUGCUGCUGUGCCCAAGGCUCACCUGUAAUAUUGCUGACAGAGGAGAACACCCAUGCCAGGCAGUAAAUGGAAAAUCCAUGUUUUCUGUGUUGAAGUGAUGACUUCUUUAUUU